AUGGCAGAAUCCGUUACAGAAUUGCCAUUAAAUAUAGAAGAAACUGUUAAGGAAACCUUAACGAAUGCUACGGAUAAACCACCAAGCAGCAUCGAGGGCAUUGCGAUCGCGUACUUAAGUUUGGUCAUUAUGGCUGUUUUACCCAUAUUUUUCGGUUCCUUUCGGUCUGUGAAGUACCUAAAAGAGCAGAAGGAGUCUGGGGAGCGUACCGAGACAAUGUCUAACAAGGAUGCCCUGAUGUUCCCGCUAAUAGCAUCAUGCGCUCUUUUCGCUCUAUAUGUGUUUUUCCAGUUCUUCUCUAAAGAAUAUAUCAAUCUUCUCCUUACUGGAUAUUUCUUCUUCCUUGGUGUAUUGGCCCUGAGUCACCUUCUGAGCCCCGUCAUCGCUCUCGUGGUCCCGGCUUCGAUACCCAACGUCCCCUACCACGUGCACUUCACCCGCGGCGAGAGGGACACUCGCUCGGACAUCAUCAACUACAAGUUCACCUCUUACGACGUGAUCUGCCUCCUCAUCUCGCUGUGCCUCGGCGCCUGGUACCUGUUGAAGAAGCACUGGAUCGCGAACAACCUGUUCGGCAUAGCGUUCGCCGUGAACGGCGUUGAGCUGCUGCACCUGAACAACGUGGUGACCGGCUGCAUCCUGCUCAGCGGGCUGUUCCUCUACGACAUCUUCUGGGUGUUCGGCACCAACGUGAUGGUCACCGUCGCCAAGUCCUUCGAGGCGCCGAUCAAGCUGGUGUUCCCGCAGGACCUGCUCGCGAACGGGCUGAGCGCGAGCAACUUCGCGAUGCUCGGCCUCGGCGACAUCGUGGUGCCGGGCAUCUUCAUCGCGCUGCUGCUGCGGUUCGACAAGUCGCUGCAGCGCGGCAGCGAGCUGUACUUCCGCGCCACGUUCGCCGCGUACGUGGCGGGGCUGCUGGCCACCAUCCUGGUGAUGCACGUGUGGCGGCACGCGCAGCCCGCGCUGCUCUACCUGGUGCCCGCCUGCCUCGCCACGCCGCUCGCGCUGGCGCUGCUCAAGGGCGACAUCAACGCCCUCUUCAACUACGAAGACCAGCCAGCCGUCGAGGAGCCGGUCUCCGAGGGCGCCAAGGCCAAGAAGACCGAAGCAGGGGAGCGAACGAUCAUCGAGGGCUGGCGGUGGAGCACCGCCGCCCGCCUCACGCUCAGGGCGCCGCGCCACGCCUCCUCAUCGCGGCUGGAU